UACGCCCAGCAGAACAAGAUCAUGAGCGCCGAGCUGGCCUCUUAUCUUUUACCCGUACUCAAUGCCUGCUCAAUCAUUGGACGAGUCGCUCCCAAUAUCGUGGCUGACCGCCUCGGAGGGUUGAAUGUCUUGGGUCCUUCGUUAUUAGCGGCUUGUAUCGUCACCUACGCUUGGAUCGCUUGUUCUUCUGUCGCCGGGUGUUUUGUCUUUGCCAGCCUGUACGGGCUCUUUGUGGGAACGAUGCUGUCCCUCCCGAAUUUUGUCAUCGCAACACUGUGCCCCGACCCGGCUAUAAUGGGGGCUCGUCAAGGGUUGUCUAUGACGGUAGCUAGCUCCGACUUGUUGUUAGGUCCGCCAGUGGCAGCUACUAUCUUGCAGAAGACGGGACAUUGGCUGGGUCUGCAGGUUUUUGCUGGAAGUAUGCUAGCGAUAGCAUCAGCCUCGGUGCUGGUUGCAAGACUAUAUGUCACUGGGUGGCAUCUGAUUCGAAAGGCUUAA